UACGCGCAACCGAGGCGCGAUCUACACCGCCCAGUUCCCACUCGAAUUCGCUCGCAAUCGGUCAACUGUAUAUCGUGCGCGCGGGUUCGUUUCUUCGCGAUAACGCAAGUCGUUUGAUCUUCGUGCAAUAAGCGUCAAUCAGUGUGAGCUGUGCGUUCCGGCUGAAGUUUAUCAAUUCCGUAGCUGAAAAAGAAGCUUCGUGUGUGAGUGAGUGUGUGUGUGUGUGGUGAAAUAGUGGUUGUGUCCUGCUUGUAGCGCUCAUCAUCAUCACAUUAAAAGCAGACAACAAAAGGCAGCAGAGAAGUGUCUAGCGCGGCGCAAUAGCACAUCAUGGACGCCGAGUCAGAAGGAAUUCCACCGGUUGCUACCGGCAGUGGCCAAACAUCCGCCGCCGACGAUACAAACUUUGACCUGGCGGCAAGACGAAAAAUGUUCAUGUCGCAACCGUCGACUGUGGCCAUCCGGCGCCAGCAAGCCGUCUGCGUGCGGCGGGCUCACAAAAUCUACGGCACCAAGAAGAACCCGAACGUCAUCCUGGACGGCUUGAACAUGACGGUGCCCAAAGGCGCGAUCUACGGGCUGCUGGGUGCAUCGGGCUGCGGUAAAACGACACUGCUCUCCUGUAUCGUCGGUCGGCGUAGGCUUAAUUCGGGCGAAAUCUGGGUGCUCGGUGGUCGACCCGGUUCACGGGGUUCUGGCGUACCGGGACCGCGCGUUGGCUACAUGCCGCAGGAGGUGGCACUGUACGGUGAGUUUACCAUACGCGAAACGCUCAUCUACUUCGGCUGGAUCUACGGCAUGACCACGGACCAGGUGGACGAAAAGACAGACUUCCUGUGCAAGCUGCUGCAGCUCCCGAACGCUUCACGGUUCGUGAAAAACCUUUCCGGAGGACAGCAACGGCGCAUGAGCCUUGCUGCCGCCCUUCUGAACGAACCCGAGCUGCUCAUCCUCGACGAACCGACCGUCGGUGUCGAUCCAGUACUGCGCCAAAGCAUCUGGGACCACCUGGUGGAGAUCACCAAGUCCGGCAACACAACCGUCAUCGUGACGACGCACUACAUCGAGGAAACGCGACAGGCUCACAUGAUCGGGCUGAUGCGUGGUGGAAAAUUCCUGGCCGAGGAAUCACCCGCCGACCUGCUAGCUCAGUACCAAGCCGAAUCGCUCGAGGACGUGUUCCUGAAGCUGUCCGUGCUGCAGAACAUGGGCAAACGGAGGCGCUCGUCGAUCGCGCAGGAAGUGGUGGAGCAUGUGCGAAUACCGGCCAUCAGCAAUCCGGCCCUGGACCUCUCGCCGGAAGAAGACCACGGCGAGAUAUCGGGAGAGUUUGGUGAUAAUAUUUCCAUGUCAUCGCGAGGGCCGGACGCGGUUACGCCAGAAAUUCAGGCACCUCCGUUACCGCCGGAAGAGGACACGAAGACACCGUUCGUCGACUACUUGAAGAUCGUUAAGCCUAACCAUAUGCGAGCGUUGAUUUGGAAAAAUUUCCUCUGGAUGUGGCGUAAUGUUGGCGUGAUGGCUUUCAUUAUCGGACUACCGGUGGCACAGAUUAUUCUGUUCUGCUGGGCGAUCGGACAUGAUCCCGUCGGGUUGAAGCUGGCCGUGGCGAACUACGAACUCGAGGAGGCAGGCUUCGGAUUCCAGGACUGUCCAGUGUACCCGGGCUGCAACUAUUCUUUGCUCAGCUGUCGUUACAUGGAGUAUCUCAAGAACAGGAGCGUUGUAAUAGAGCUCUUUUCCACCGAAGAUGACGCGUUACAGCAAGUAAGUCGUGGCAAAGCGUGGGGAGCGCUCGUGUUUGCCUCCAACUAUUCCGACUCACUCGUGGAGCGAACCGAACGAGGCCGCGAUGUGGAUGAUUUCACAAUUGAUGCAUCAAAUCUUGCCGUUACCAUGGAUAUGUCAAACCAGCAGAUAGGAACACUUCUCUACCGCGACAUCCAGUACGCAUUCUUUGACUUCAUCGAAAACAUACUGACGGACUGUGAAGUGAACCCAUCCAAUGGACGAAUUCCGUUCCAAUGGAACAAGCCCGUUUACGGCGAUCGGAAACCAAACUUUACAGACUUUGCUGCACCUGGUGUAAUUCUCACCAUUAUCUUCUUCCUGUCGGUCGCCCUAACAUCCGGCGCCAUGUUGAUCGAACGUAACGAAGGCAUUCUGGAGCGUUGCCUUGUGUCGGGCAUUACCGGUAUCGAGAUUCUCUUCUCGCACGUCACCACCCAGUUCCUGGUGAUGUGUUUCCAGACCGCGCUCGUCAUGGUGUUUAGCUUCUCCGUAUUUAACCUCACCAACCGGGGUGACAUCGUGUGGGUUAUCUUACUCACCAUCCUGACCGGUCUCUGUGGCAUGUGUUUUGGCUUCGUCGUAUCUUGCUCCUGUGAUAAUGAACGCUCGGCCACGUACAUGGCGAUGGGAAGCUUCCUGCCGAUCGUCAUGCUGUGCGGCAUCAUCUGGCCGAUCGAGGGCAUGCAUCCGCUCGUGCGCGUGUUCUCCGUCUUUCUGCCACUCACCAAAUCGACCGAAUCGCUACGCUCCAUUCUGCAGCGUGGCUGGCUGAUCGAGGACCCGAACGUGUACAUCGGAUUCGCCUCCACUGCCAUCUGGAUCGUGAUCUUCCUUACCAUUAGUAUACUGUUGCUCAAGUUCAAGAAGGGAUAAGCCGCUGCAACGCUAACCAGGUUUCAGUUUCGCUCAAAUGGUGAAUGGUGGACGAUGCUCCUUGGCGAGCCUUGGCUCAUCAUUCGUCACGGGGAGGGGAGGUGUGCUUAGUCAAACGGGGGUUUAUAUUGUAAGAAUCUUUUUUUUUUAUUUGUUUAUUUUGGCUGGUCUAGAUUACGUUUGACAUUCGACGGUCCCAAGGGUUAGGAGGAAAGAACUGAAGACGCACUAGCACUAGACGGUUCAGGAAUGGUUUAGCUCUUCAUAGACAAAUCGUUGCCUCCAGCGUAGUCGACCUGGAGGCAUGACUCUAUUUAUAUCAUUCUCCAUCGACCGUUCUCCUCAUAAGGUACGGCUACCCAUCGCACGGUAGCGUUGAAUGUACGUUUUCACUGUGUACGUCUAAAAUUGCCCAAUUUGGAUGGAACGCGCGCGCGCUAAAAUGUGGGACAAGCGCAAGUUUUGGUAGCAUUAAGCAGGAUAAUGGAAUAUAAUAAACCAAACACCUAUUUUAGCUCAACGCA